AUGGUGCAUUCUGAUAUAGAGUUCGAAGAGCUGUGUGGCUUUUUGGAUAAUCCCAACUACAUCAUAACAUCUUCAACUGGCAGGAACAAGGCUUGUCAAUUUCCUGUUUAUGCAAAAGGAAACAGUGCACCGAGAAACAAUUUGAAGGUUGUAUAUUCAGGAACUAAAGAAUUCAAGAUAGCUAGUGCUAGGAGGGAUUUGUUUUUGGCAUUCUCUGAGCACCAAGAGCGGUUACUCAAGAGGCUUGCACUUGAUGAGAAAAAUGAUAUUUGCAGCUAA